AUGGGGUCCAAGAAAAAGAAGGCUGAAAAGAAAAAAGACUUCCAGAAAACGAAGCUUAAGGUUGGAAAGACCACAGCAAAGCCUGACAAUUACACAGAUACCUCGUUCACGGCGCGGUCCAUCUCACUUCCUAAUCAAUCUAUUGCAAAGAAGGUCGAUGCUCAUCUCACAGGUCAGGUGGACCUCACCCACCAUCUUCUGCUCACGAAACACCACUCGGCUGCUACUCGAAAAGAGGUUUUAAACUACAUAGAGAACCACCUACCGUCCAGUCCGUCGCUCUACAAGCAGAUCCUUACAUUGACGGUGUCAUUGGUCACCGACCAGUCUGCCAGCGUUCGAAGAGCUUUCAUCUCGCUUUUGGCAGCAUGUGCCGACAAGCAACCGGGCCUCCUCGAGCUCCAUAUGCGUUCCAUCAUUUUGUUCGUCCACUCGGCUAUGUCUCACAUCCAAGGUGACAUUCGCUCGACGUCCACUGGCGUUCUUGAGGUUUUGGUUGAUAAGGCUCCUGCGGCAUUGGUCAAAGGCUACUAUGUCAAGACACUCCGCCAAUUUUUCACCUUGAUGUCAUGGACUUUGACUGAUGACAAGAGUGCUGUUUCACUUGCAGUAAACACUACGUCGUCACUCGAUGGCUCCUCCAAGAAGGCUAGAGUGGGCCAUUUGACCUUCUUGACCAAAUUCCUCGAGGCUGCAUUAUUUGAGCAACCGGUAAAGGAGUCAUCCACGUCAAUUGAUUGGUCAAAUUGUGUCACCACUCACCCACAGACUCCACGUUACAUGCUUCCUGCCAACUCCCUGGCCUUUGCUCCGUUGAAACUCUACAUCACCGAGCUUCCGUCCAACAUGCUCGCUGCACAGGCUGCCAACAGCUCCGUCGACGGAGCAUACUCCUUGUAUGACUUGGAGAAAGUGUCGUCCGAAGACCAGGAUACCAGACGCAAAAUCACCUACGAUGUCUUCUUAAAGCCUCUCAAAAAGAAUCUUACAAGUAUCAUGAAGGAGGGGGGAGAAGCAGGCAAAGAAGCCAACACAUGUAUAGCUGUUGUCGACCGGUUUGAGAAAGACUACACCAAAGCCAGUACUCUGUGA